GUCAUACCUAUGUUGGGCCCUGCCCUGUCAGCUCUUCAGAGAAAAAUAUUUCCCUGCGAGAGAUCAUCUUAUUUUGGAUCUCGUGCUUGCAACAAGAAAUAACCUGGUGACGACUGCUCAGCUGAUCAGAUGGUCACAGCCAGUGAGAAAUAAACUACUCUAAGACAGCAACGACAAUAACCUCAGACAAUCAAAAGCUCCUCCAGCUGAAGAACUCUCCCUAAAGCUGUACCAAAGCAACACAAUGGCAGCAUCAGCUUUUGCAUCUGAACUGAGGAUUGUGGUGUUUGGAAAGGAUCUUAAUGAAAAGACAACACUUAGUAACUUCAUCACAACGGAAAAAGACUCUCCUUAUCUGAACAUGCAAAAUCAAUGUAAAGUCAGCAAUGGAGAACGGAGGGGGGAACAACUAACAGUAGUGAAGACCUCAGAUGUCUUCAGUCUGCCUGUAGAUAAAGUAAGACAUGAGAUGAAAAAGUGCGUGGCUCUUUGCCCCCCAGGACCAAAUGUCCUCCUUCUAUUACUAAAGCCUUCUGAUUUCAACGAAGAAGAUAGACAAACAUUGAAGUUCAUCCUGAAUUUCUAUGGUCAAGAUGCUUUUAAAUACUCAAUGGUUAUCCAAACAGAAAAUGGCGAGGUACAGAAUGCGUCUUUAAACAAAGUCAUCCGAGACUGCAGACAACGGCAGCAAAGCAUUGACUUUGAAAAAAAAGCUUUUACUGAAAACGAUUAUCAAGCACUGAUCAAACAGAUGGAAAAGAUAGUGAGUGACAACAAAGGAGGAUAUCUACACUUUACUGAAGAAGAUGAUCGCAUGACAGCAUCUUUAACUUCCGAUCCCUUCCUAAACUUGGUGUUGUGUGGGAGAUUUGGAGACUUAAAGAGUUUAGUGGCCAACGCCAUUCUUGGAGAAAGUAUGUUUGGUCCACCUUCUGACUUAUCAGAGUGUGUUAAACAUCAGGGAGAGGUGUGUGGACGCUGGGUGUCCCUGGUGCAGCUGCCUGCCUUGUAUAGAAAACCCCAGGAAGAAGCGAUGAAGGAAUCAUUCAGGUGUAUCUCCAGCUGUGGCCCUGCGGGCGUCCAUGCCUUCAUCCUGGUCCUACCUGUGGGUCCCCUCACUGAUGAAGACAAGGGAGAGUUAGAGACCAUCCAGAACACAUUCAGCUCUCGAGUCAAUGAUAACACCAUGAUUCUGUUCACAGUCAAGACAGAUUUCAAUUUGCCAUCUGUUGCAAGAUAUAUGAAAGAGAACACACACAUCCAGGAGCUCUGUCAGAGCUGUGGAGACCAAUAUGUUGUCUUCGACCUUAGAGACAAGCAGAGGGUUUUCCAUGUGUUGCACACUGUGGAAAAGAUGAGAGCUGGUGAAUCCAAAGGCUUCACAAAGGAAAUGAUGGCCAAGCCCAGGUUGAAUACGGUAGCAGGACAACAUUUUGUACUGAAAACGGCUGGUUAUAAACGCCAGAGCAGUGGAUGCCUCAGGAUGGUGGUCAUUGGGAAGACUGGUUGUGGAAAGAGCGCAGCAGCAAACACUAUUCUGGGCAGAGAAUGCUUCAAAUCUAAAGCCAGCGCAAAGUCAGUGACCGAGUUUUGCCAAAAAGAAACAGGAGAGAUUGAUGGACGGCCUGUUGUAAUAGUCGACACCCCAGGCUUGUAUGACACAACUCUGACCAACGAACAAGUUCAACAGGAGCUUGCGAAAUGCAUCAGCAUGUUGUCUCCUGGACCUCAUGCGUUCUUACUGGUGCUGCAGAUUGGCCGAUUUACACAAGAAGAGAAAGAUACUGUGCAUCUGAUCAAAGAGUUAUUUGGCGAGAAGUCAGGAGACUACAUCAUCGUUCUAUUCACCAGAGGAGAUGAACUGAAUGUCCAAACAAUUGAGAGCUACAUAAAAGACGACGACGAGCAAGAGUUAAAAAAACUCAUAACUGAAUGUGGAGGAAGAUACCUGGUCUUCAAUAACAACGAUCAGAAUAAUCGUACUCAAGUGAGCAAGCUUCUGACCCAAGUUGAGUCAAUGAUAAGGAACAAUAGUGAUGGAUGCUACACCUCUGAGAUGUUCCAAGAAGCUGAGGCCGCCAUACAAAAGGAAGUGGAGAGGAUCCUGCAAAGGAAGGAGGGCGAGAUACAGAGAGAGAUAAUGGACUUUGAAGAUAAACAUAAAGAAGAAAUGCAGGCAAAGAAGAGACAACUGGCAGAACAAAUAUCCAAAACGGAACGAGAAACAGACUUUAAAACCAGUCUAUUCAAGAUGAAGGAGGAGUUCAUCAAGGAGCAGCAGGAAAAGAGGAAGAAAAAACAAGAGAAGAGAAAAGAAGAGGAAGAAAAUAGAAAAUGUCUGGACCAAAUUCAACAAAUAGAUCUGGAACAAACUCUUGAAGCCCUGCAAAUUAACAGAAAAAAUGGAACAGAAAAACAGCCAACUGCUGACGCAAAGCGGACGCAGAACAGAGAAAAGAUGAAACGAGAGAAAGAGACAUGGGAGAAGGAACCUAAGGAAAAUCUUGAAGAACAACAGAGACGAGUUGAGGAGGAAAAACAACUUAAAAUUCGAGAGGAAUAUGAAAAAGAAAGACUGGAAUAUGACAAGAAAAUAAAAGCAGAUCUAAUUAGAAAAGAACAAAUGGAGAAAGAAUUGAGUGAACUACAGGAGAAACUUUUGAAAAAUCAGGCAGCAAUCCAGAAAAGACACGAGGAAGAGGCCAGAAAGCAAGCUGAAGAAUUCAACGAAUUCCAACUCAGAAACACCGACGACUUUGCAGCUCAGAUCGAAAAACAGGACAAGGAAAUGGAGGACCUGAACGACAAGCAACAGAAACACAACGACUUUAUAGUACAACACCUAUGCAAAAACAAACCGUAUCGGAAAGAUUUUGAGAGACUGAUGAAAAGACAAGAACAAGAAAUGAAUGACCUGACAGUGACACUAUGUCCACCAGAAGAUAUGGACAAGGUAAUCCAUGAUCUAAAGACAAAACAAGAAGAAGAAAAAAAUACCUGGAUACGAGAACAUGUCAAAAAGGCCAGAGGCAGGUGUGUCAUUUUGUAAGCCCUUGUUAUUUUCCCUAGCCCAAUCUUCCAUGGCAAAGCAGCGAAGCCUAUGCGGAAGUGUCAAAAACGGAAUGUCCGAACAUGUAUCGAACGGCCACUUAAGGAAGGCUCGUAAAGGAAGUCAUUCCCAUAGACCCCAACCCCCACAAAUUGCUAGAGUUUUGUGUUUAUAGCUUAUACUUUUUUUCCCUUAAAAGGCAGCAGCAACGUUUCAAACUGCGUUGUAUCAAUUAUAAAGAUUUAUUUUUUCAACUAAACCACCAGCUUACAAGGGUUUGGAUUAUUUUAAGCAAAUAUAUCGAUAUUUACUUGUUCAAGUUUGUAUCUUUAUGGUAAAUGGAACUUAUUGUAAGUCCCUUUGGUAAAAGUGUAAGCUAUAAAAAUGUUAAGUAAUUUAAAGGGGACCUAUCAUGCAAAAUGCACUUUUUGAUGUCUUUUAUACAUAAACAUGUGUCCCCGGUGUGUCAGGGAACUCACGCAGCAUCAGAAAAUAAAACCCUCUCACUUUUCCUCCGUACCCAAAUCUCUAAAAAACGGGGCUACAACGGAGCUGAUCCAGAUUUGCGUCCAAUAUGACAUAAUAUCGGAAAUGCGGACCCACGGCACUAUCAGGAACAUUGCUAUCAGAAACAAUGCCCGACUGUUUUGGACGUAAUAUGGUCUUCUUUGUUUAGAUUAGCAAGCAUCGC